UCUGUGAUGCUUCAGGGGCGGACGGGGCAGAGGGAGAGAAGUUUUGAGAGUGAGGGGACGGAGAAACUGCAGAGCCUUCUCCUCCUUGCUUCUGCACCUUCAGGACAAAGAGCCAAGAAGUGUGGAAACAGGAGAAAAAAAGACAUGAAAAGAACAUGAAAGACAGAAAGUGUCAUUAACCGCACUACGAAGUUCUCUCUCUUCCCUCCGUCUUGCACCUCUCUCAAUUUAAUCUUAAAGCCACUCCAAUUUCCCCCGAGAGACUCAAUUCUCCCUUUUCCUCGAGAGACAGGACAGAAGCCCAUUCCACCUGGUAGGGCGACGCAAGGAACUUCCUCUUUCUCCUGGCUCCACUUCCUUUGCUCCACUCCGCCAUGACUCUCCUGGCCUCCGAGAGGUCGCUUCUCAUCAGGAACAAGUUCCGGUCAGUCCUGCAGCUGAGGAUUCAGAACCGAAGGCUGAGCGAAAUCAAUGCAGACCCAGGGUUGAAAUCUGCCUCCACUCACCAGAAAACAGAGAAAAGGCGGAGUGAAGCUCAUCGUCAAACUGAGGACGGCGUCACUCAGAAGUUGCCCCCUGGUGGUCUGAGCGCUGAAACUGCACAAGAGAGGACUGUAUGUGGGGCCCUGAGGCAGAGGAAGGCUCGCCCCUCACAGACCCUCACUGAGAGGAUCCAGCUACCUCCAGCAGCCACAGAGCAACAGCUUGAGCACACGUUGCCCCUGGAGAAUGGUCUUGCCUCGUUCCCCGCUGAUGUCUUCGAAGAGGACAUCUCUUCCUCCAUCUCGUCUUUAAACACGGAGCAACAUGCCGCUCUCCAAGCCCCAUCUAUUUCCUCCCUGCCAGGCCUCCCAGUUGACCAACCACUAAGUGACUGCUCAGCUGUGGGCCUGACCCUUAAUAACAAUCCCAGUCAUGCACAGUCCGGUUUGACGUUGCUUCCGGCAACCGCGGGCAUCAGACAACCUCUGAGCGUGACGCUGGGCGAAUCAAACUCCUUGGCACCAACUGGAAGACCAAACGGGAUGUUCCUGACCUCUCAGACGACACCCCUGCUGCCAAAGACAGCUCGGCCUCCCAGCCCGAUCUGCCCCUCGUCUUUGCCCCCUCCCCUAAACUUCAAUCACCUUACCCGCCCACGGAAACCUCGGGACAUCAAACCCAAGAUGAAGAAACUCAAGUAUCAUCAGUACAUUCCUCCAGACCAGAAGGGAGCGUCUGGGACUGGAGCGGGAGGAGCUAAGCAGAGCAGCCCUGCCCCUACGCAGCCGCUAGACCCCGCCUACUCCCAUCUGCUGAAACAACAGCAGGUCUUCCUCCAGCUUCAGAUCCUGCAGAGUCAACAGCAGCAGCAGCAGCGACUACAGCCGCCGCAGCAGGUUACAGUUGUACCGAGUGGAGAUCACAAUGAUCUAAUGAAGUCUUGUGGAGCCUCACCGCUCAGCCUCCAACCUGUUCCUGCCACAACAAACCAAACUCAGACGGACGCAAAUCUUACUUCCAAACCAGAGCUUCUUCCUGCAAAUCUUGUUGAUCUAACGGUGUCGGAGUUGAGGCAGCAGCUGCGUAAACGUGGCCUUCCUGUCUCUGGAACCAAGCCGGCCUUGUUGCAGCGCCUUCGUCCGUUCCAGCUUCAGCACGCCUGCCCCACCCCGGCUCCUCUUAGCAAGCUGGGCACCAGCAUGGAGCCCCUUAGUCCUUGUGCCCCGCUGCCACCUUGUCAGAGCCCUGGCUCCAGCCCCGGCUUCAGGCUGAGCUCACCCGGCAGCAGCCCGAACCAACAACUGUACAUCCAAGACGGGGGGAUUCCUAAUGGGAUUCUCAGUGACAGUCCCAACAGAGAUCCAAAUGGGACUCUGAACGCUGUCCCAAAAGCGUUCGCAGACGCUGCGUCAGUCAGUUUGGCAGGUGAACAGUGUGGUCUCAGCAGCACUGUGUUCUGGGAUCCUGCUAGCACUGCAUCAGGAACUCCAAGUCCCAGUUUGCCCAUGUCGUCCUCCUCGCCCCUGCAGUGUGGGACUCCAUGGAGAACCGACAGAGAACAGCAGCAGCAGGAACAUUUAGAGCUGAGCGUGAAGCUGGAGAAGAGGGAGAGGAAGAGAAGCCGGCAUACUGACUUCUACCUGCAAGCGGGUACUGAGUCUGGGGAGGGAUCCCUUCAUCCGUUCCUGCAACAGGAUCCGGGACGCCUAAAAAGGCAGGCAGAACUAAAUGUGCAAACGGAGGUGCUGUUUGCUGAGCCGUGUGAUGUGAUUGGCCAUGACUUCGAGCUGCCACUGCAGAUUACAGCAAGUCCAGCUCAGACCUCACUUGGCGUUCGCAGCUUGGAGGAAGAGCUACAGGAGGCGAUUCAGAAAGCCCAGAUGGACCCUCGACAGUCUAUUGAUGAUAUUCUAGAUGAGCCACUUAUUUGUGAUGGCUCUCUUGAGGCCUCUGAUCAUAAAUCUGCUGCACACUCACUUCCUGACCGCUCCCCUGCCCCUCAAACCAAGCAGCCCCAGCCUUUUCAGCAGCAAGAUGACAACUUCCUGCCAUCCCCUCUUUGUUCCUCUCUCUUACUGGAGCUCCCUCCGUCUCCUGCUGUAAUAAACCCAAGCCAGGUUGUCCCUGCGCCUCCGCCUCUCCCAAUCUGCACCUCCCCUUCGCCUUCGACUAGAAAGUCUCGGAAACGGCGGGCUCCUGCACAGUUUGACGCUGCCGAUUGGCUCGAAACCCUCACGUCAGGCCUCCACCCCCUCACCCCGCCGAAACCUCCGUUUGUCGAGUCCGAUUUUAGUCUGGAUUCGGAUCUGAAUGUGAAUCGAGUGCUCGAUCUUUUGAUAGAGCAGUGGUGAAGAUGUAAAAGAUGGUGUGUAAACAUGGUGCCGUGAAAAAGUAUUCAUAUCCCUCGAACUUUUCAACAUGUUGUGACGUUGCAACUAAAAGUCUCAAUUGUAAUUUAUUGGGAUUUUGAUGGAUCAACACAAAGUUUUCAAAACACUUUACUUUAAAAAUCUAAAAAGUGUGUCAGGUAUUUGGAUUCAGCCCUUCUUAGUGAGAGGACCAAUUUUCAGUGCAAAACAGCUGCAGAGCGUCUAGAGCAGGGGUGGGCACUCCUGGUCCUCGAGGGCCGGUGU